AAGCUGCAUCAUUUCCGUUUUGACAACUGGCGGGAUUUGUCCACAUGGUAUGUGCUGAGCAGGUUGUUUACAGACCGUAGAAAGUGGUUUGUGUACAUUUAAUACAACAUGAUGGCUACAAACGGAAAGGACGCCUGUGGAAGAAAAAGUGACGCGCCAUCGGUGUCUUUAAAUGGCAGCAAUUGUGUUUUUGCUAACAAGUCUCACUCAUCUUUGGUAAACGGGGCAGCAGCCGAGGCGUCGUCUCACUCCAAGCUGCAGAACGGAGGGGCCGGGCGGGCUGAGAGGUUCACCUUUAGCUCUGAGCCCACCGUUGAGGACAUCAGGCGGAUGCAAGCGGAGUUCACGGACGAGCGGGACUGGAACCAGUUCCACCAGCCCCGUAACCUGCUACUGGCUAUGGUCGGGGAGGUGGGCGAGGUGGCCGAGCUCUUCCAGUGGCGGGGUGAGGUGGCCGAGGGCCUGCCGGACUGGACCGAUUCGGAGCGUGAGAACCUGGCACACGAACUCAGCGACGUGAUGAUCUACCUGGUGGAGCUCGCCGAGAAGUGUCGCAUCGACCUUCCCCAGGCGGUGCUUCGUAAAAUGGCCUUAAACCGACAGAAAUACCCCGCCAGCAAGGUGCACGGAUCGGCCAAAAAGUACACUGAGUACAAGGACUGAGUUUGGGUAUUGAGAAGACGCCGGUCGCAAUGACUGCUGGAGCUGCUGAUUACUGACAGCAUGCAGUAGUUUUACUUGGGCCCACUACUGAACAUUAUGCCCGUUGGUUCAAAUGGCUUUUCUCCUGGAUGGGCUUGUUACGUAACUCUAAUGCUCUUAACUUUUGUGUAUUUUCUGUGAUACGCGUUUGUUAGCCUAGUUGCCUUCAUGUGCAAAGUCACAUUUAGUACACACUUGAGGGAUGUUGGCUUUUAUUGGGGUAACUUUUAAAUCCUGUUUUUAGUCUGAUCUAUCGAUGUGCCUGAGUGGGUUUGAAACAGUGUAUGCUCUUUGCAGGAAAAUAUUACUGUUGUGCAGAGUAAGGGGAGUAUUAAGAAGAAUAUAUUGUAGAAGUUACAGCUUCUCACCAGUUUAUGAAUGUGACCGAGUGAAUCAGAAAAGUGGAGUUGAAACAGAUUGUGAUUGUUCUGACCACCUCUGACUAUUUUAAAUUGCUUUUGGGUUAUUAGGUUCUCUGAUGUAUCCUCAUUUCCUGUCAGGGUUGGAUCGACUCUUAUUGUACUUUGUUCACUUCACAAUUGCCCUGUUUUUCCCUGAAGUAAACAUUGCUUUGACUCUG